AGGCGGCGAUUUGUUGUAAGAUGGCGGAGUGUGUAAAGCGCAGUUCGGAGCCGGAGCAGAAACGGCGUAGGACUGAGACCGGGGACGGGGAUGGGGCUGGAGCCGGAGCGGGAGCGGAGGGCGAUGCGCCGUACAGAUCGGAACAGUUCAAAUUGCACAGCUUCCGCCUGGAGAAAAUCCUGAGGGAGAACGCGCGGGACAAGACAAUGUUCAUUCAUGGCAAGGUUGGAGAAGAUGGUGGUGAUGUUCGAGAUGCAGUGAUCAUUCUAGAGAAGACGCCUUUCCAGGAGGAAGCUUUGCCACAGCUUCUGAACAGAAAUGCAGAUCUUCAUCUUCAGAUGAAGAAUGACAUCUACAGCACACAUUACCUUCGUCCGCUUCCAGCCCUCAAUGAAAUAAAGACCACAGUUAUAUAUCCAGCUACAGAGAAGCAUAUCAAGAAAUAUUUGCAGCAGCAGAUGCACCUCGUCAAUGAAACAGCAGAUGACUACAGAACCAUUACUGCUCCGUACCUUCAAUCCCAAACCUUCAGUGUUCAGUGGGUGUACAACAUUCUGGAAAAGAAGGCAGAAGUGGAGAGAAUAAUUCAUGAACAUCCAGAUCCAAAAAAUGGUUUCAUUCUUAUUCCAGACUUCAAGUGGAAUCAGAAGCAGGUUGAUGACUUGUAUCUGAUUGCUAUUUCCCAACGCCGUGAUGUGAAGUCACUGCGGGAUCUAACAGCAGAGCACCUGCCGAUGUUACAGACUAUACUGCAGGAGGGACAGAAUGCCAUCUCCAAACGAUAUAAUAUUUCAAAAAGUCAGCUGAGGAUUUACGUCCAUUAUCAACCCUCCUACUACCACUUUCAUGUUCAUUUCACUGCUGUUGGCUAUGAUGCUCCAGGAUCCAUGGUAGAACGCGCGCAUCUACUUUCCAACAUCAUAGAGAACCUGCAGUUCGACCCAGAGUACUACCAGAAACGAACCCUAACCUUUGCCUUGAAGGCAGAUGAUCCCCUGUUGCAGAAAUUUGAAGAGCAAGGAAGAAUAUAGAUUAGGGACACUUUUGUUCAUGCACAUUUGGCCCUAUGACAUGAUGCAUCUUGAUGGUGCACAGUGAGUUUUAUAAAUAUUAUCAAUGGAGAUACAUUUGAGCAAGUGGACUUGUGGACUGACCUCAUUUACUCAUAACAUAAAGAAUUCUUGUUAAAAAAGAUCAGAGUAACUUUUGAAGUUAUGCCAUUAAAAUGUUGCUUGCCAAAAUUCAGAUAUUACAAUUAGUGAACUCCUCAAAUGCAGUCUCAUAUAAAUUUUGUGAUCUUAUUCUGUCAACACAGUUAGAGUCGAUCUGCUUAUGAGCCUAGUUUUUCUUGCAGCAUGCAGCAGCAGGUCUGUUUGAGGGGCGAGUGAGAAACACAGUCACUCAUAAACAGACACAAAGCCUGGCCAAGAUUUUGGUCAAAUCAGGCAGUAACACUUGGAGCUCUUUGUUCUCAGCAGGCAGGGGUCAGGCUGCGUGACUGCUUGCUCAGUGGAACAUCUGUCCCUUCCAAUCAUGCAAAUACAUCAAAAUAAUCUCUCAGUUCAUUUGUUUCCAUGUCUUUGAUUUAGCUGUAUUUUUUCAAAAUGGAUGGUUUACUGUGCUAAUUAUGGCAGAAUCCAUUGAUUGUUUUUUUUUAAAUAAAAGCUUAUUGACAAUUUUGCUAUAAACAUAGCAGUGACAUCUCUGUAUUU